GUUUUCGUCACUGAAGUCGGAGCGCACUCGGAUUGGCUGGAGCUCCGGCGGCUCGCGCGGGGUUCGCGCGCCUCUCCAACUGUCCUUCAGAAGGCGGGGAGCGCGCGCGGGAGGAACUUCACUGACAGACGGCCUUCCUUGAACAUGAACUUACCUCAGGAGCGCUGAUUUACCUGCUUACACAUCAGCCACGGCGUUUCGCGAAGCCUUGAGAGAAAAACCUCUCUGAAGAGGAUAUUUAAUCAUAAACAUUCGUGCUUGACGCGCUCUGUCAGUCAGAAGAGCGCGCUGAGGUAACGUAAAAACCAACGGAUUUCAUUCCGCCGCCACGGGCUUCGACUCCGGGUUCAUUAUAAACAACAUCUCCAGAGGUUCCUCUGAUUCUUAUUUCACCUGAUCGACGGAUUUCUGUCUGGUUUCGACUGUUUGGAUGAUGGGAAGAAGUCAAAAGACUGCGAGAGGAGACCGAGGCGGAUCGGGAUUCUUAACGCAGAUGAUCACGGUGUUCGUUUUUACUCUUUCAACGCUCGUCAGCACCGGAGCGGCUCAAGAUGACGACUAUCUGGGAUUGGGUGAACUCCCGGAGACGUUCCCCUCGGAUCCGCCCGAGCCGCUCCCGCACUUCCUGAUGGAGCCGGAAGAGGCGUACAUCGUCAAGAACAAGCCUGUUAACCUUUACUGCAAAGCCACGCCGGCCACGCAGAUCUACUUCAAGUGCAACAGUGAGUGGGUCCAUCAGAAGGAGCACACGGUGGAGGAGCGCGUGGACGAGACCUCGGGUCUGGUGGUGCGCGAGGCCAGUAUCGAGAUCACCCGUCAGCAGGUGGAGGAGAUCUUCGGUCUGGAGGAUUUCUGGUGUCAGUGUGUGGCCUGGAGCUCGGCAGGAACCACCAAGAGCCGUAAAGCCCACGUCCGGAUCGCCUAUCUCAGGAAAACAUUCGACCAGGAGCCUCUGGGAAAGGAAGUGUCGCUCGAACAGGAAGUGCUUCUCCAGUGCCGCCCGCCAGAAGGAAUACCUGCUGCUGAGGUGGAGUGGCUGAAGAACGAGGAGAUCAUUGACCCCGCAGACGACAGGAACUUCUACAUCACCAUCGACCACAACCUGAUCAUCAAACAAGCGCGUCUGUCCGACACCGCCAACUACACCUGCGUCGCCAAGAACAUCGUGGCCAAACGCCGCAGCACCACGGCCACCGUCAUCGUCUACGUGAACGGCGGCUGGUCGACGUGGACGGAGUGGUCAGUGUGCAGCAGUCGCUGUGGGCGGGGCUAUCAGAAGAGGACACGCAGCUGCACCAAUCCCACGCCUCUGAACGGAGGAGCCAUCUGUGAGGGUCAAGCCAUCCAGAAACUGGCCUGCAACCCGCUGUGUCCAGUGGACGGUCUGUGGACGGAGUGGAGCAAGUGGUCGACGUGUGGGACAGAGUGCACUCACUGGAGACGGCGCGAGUGCAGCGCUCCAGCUCCCAAAAACGGCGGCAAGGACUGCGAGGGAACGGUGCUGCAGUCCAAGAACUGUACGGAUGCGCUCUGUAUGCAGAGUUCCUUAUAUCAGAAGUCCUCCGAACACACAGACCAGAGCAAUGCUCUUCCUCAUCCAUCGGCCCCCAGCACUGAUGAUGUGGCUCUGUACGUGGGCAUCGUCAUCGCCGUCAUCAUGUGUUUGGUCAUCUCCGUCAUCGUGGCGCUGCUCGUCUACAGGAAGAACCACCGAGACUUCGACUCGGACAUCAUGGACUCGUCGGCGCUCAACGGAGGCUUCCAGCCGGUCAACAUCAAGACGGCGCGCACAGCGGAUCUCCUCACGGCUCCUCCGGACCUGACCUCGGCUGCUGCCAUGUACAGAGGACCUGUCUACGCCCUCCACGACGUCUCUGAUAAGAUCCCCAUGACCAACUCUCCCCUGCUGGAGCCGCUGCCCAACCUGAAGAUCAAGGUGUACAACUCGUCCGGUCUGGUGACGCCGCAGGAGGACCUGUGUGACCUCUCUCCCAAACUGGACAGUGACACGGUCAGCCGCCGCGCACACACACUCCUGCGCUCCUGGGACCCCUCCUGCACCGCCUUCGGCUCCUUCAACGCCCUCGGAGGCCAUCUGAUCGUGCCCAACUCAGGCGUGAGCUUGUUGGUGCCGGCGGGGGCCAUCCCUCAGGGCCGUGUCUAUGAGAUGUACGUGACGGUUCACAGGAAGGAGAGCAUGAGGCCGCAGGUGGACGACACACAGGAGACGGUCCUGAGUCCGGUGGUCAGCUGUGGUCCUCCUGGGGCUCUCCUGACCCGACCCGUCAUCAUCACCAUGCACCACUGCGCCGAGGCACACAGCGAGGACUGGCUCAUCCAGCUCAGGAGCCAAUCACAGCAGGGCCAGUGGGAGGACGUGGUGGUGGUGGGCGAGGAGAACUUCACCACUCCCUGCUACAUCCAGAUGGAGGAGGAAGCGUGUCACAUCCUGACGGAGACGCUGGGCACGUACUGUCUGGUGGGUCAGUCGGUCAGCGCCGCCGCCGCUAAGAGACUGAAGCUGGCCAUCUUCGGUCCGGUCAGCUGCACCGUCCUGGAGUACAACAUCAGAGUCUACUGUCUGGACGACACGCAGGACGCGCUCAAGGAGGUGCUUCAGAUGGAGAAGCAGAUGGGAGGGAAGCUGCUGGAUGAACCCAAGUCUCUGAACUUCAAGGACAGCACACACAACCUGCGUCUGUCUCUGCACGACGUCCCACACACUCUCUGGAAGAGCAAACUCAUCGCCAAAUACCAGGAGCUGGCGUUCCAGCAGGUGUGGAGCGGCUCUCAGAGGAACCUGCACUGUGUCUUCACUCUGGAGCGCUUCAGCUCCUCCACACUGGAGCUCUGCUGCAAGCUGUGUGUGCGUCAGGUGGAGGGAGAAGGACAGAUCUUCCAGCUCAGCAGCACACUCUCUGAGGACUCUCAGUGCAUCGACACGUCUCUUCUGGAUCCGGCCAGUAACAUCACUACACUGGUGGGUCCCAACGCCUUCCGGAUCCCUCUGUCCAUCCGGCAGAAGCUGUGCGGGAGUCUGGACGCUCCACAGACGCGCGGGAACGACUGGAGGAUGCUGGCGCACAAACUCAACCUGGACAGGUAUCUCAACUACUUUGCCACCAAGUCGAGUCCGACCGGCGUGAUCCUGGACCUGUGGGAGGCGCAGCACUUCCCCGACGGCAAUCUGAACCGUCUGGCCGCGGUGCUGGAGGAGAUGGGACGUCACGAGAACAUCAUGAGCGCCGAGCACUGACACCGUCCCUUGAGAUCGCCGCCGGAUCACUGUGAGCUGCUCUGAACACGUACGGUUCCUGCUGCAGCCGUUUGCUUUUCUGGUUAGUGGUAUCAGUUUCUUAGGAAACGCGACUUCUGCUGUCCAAAUACUGGACCUCCGGCUUCCCGCCGUCUGUCCUGGACAUCACGUGACUCACAUCCGUCAUGGCGGUUCGUCCCCUGAAAACACUUGGAGGUACCUUUCUAUGAACACGUGUUGAGAAAUGCCUUUAUUUAUACUCCGCUCUAUAUACAGCAAACACAUCUGAACUGUAAAGUUUAACAGUGUUAUGCUUCUGUUUUCUUUUGGUUAUUAAUUGUUAUAAAACUGAGAGUUCCGCUCCUUGAUUCUGAUUGGCUGAGCCACGUUGGAAGCUGUUGUACAGUGCGCUACAAAGUAACAUACACCUUUGUUUACGUUUGUGUGUUGCUCGGCAACCACUUUGUAACAACCACAACUGUUUCUGAGGAGCUAUAUUGUUUGGUGGAAGAAUACUGUUGUUAUUAACAUCAUCAUUACACUUUAUUUGCUCUGUUUUAUUCUGUGAAACCUUACUAUGUAUAUGAAGUAACCGGUUUAUAAAAUCAAUAAGCACCGUGAAGCUGUGGUUUACAGUGAAUAACGGCCCUUAGCUGUGAUAAAUUCACUGUAAACCACGGCUUCUUGGGGCUUACUGCUUUAUUUUGUUGCAUAGUGAUCUGUGUGUAACCGAAAUGUGGAAGAAAAAGGAAACAAAGGAACAUCUUUGAGCGCUGUAUUGCAGACCAAGCUGCUUCGGGGCUGAAGCGUUUCAGGAAUAGAGUUUAGUGGCCAGAAUUCACAGGUUUCAUCGUCAGUCUCGGAUCCUUUAGUUGACUAACGGACGGACAGCAGCGGAUCGGAGGACGUUCAGGAGAUCGUACGGGAGCGUGAGUGAUGAACGGAUGGAUGCAUGCGGUAAAAUACAAAGUGUACAGAGACCAACUAAACUAAUAGCCAUUGGAGUGUGUUUGUACAUUUGCGUUCACUUCUUGUCCAGAUUUCUAAAGCUGUCUAUGCAAAACCUGCAUCCUUUAUAAAGCAAGUUAUACAUGCUAGCAGUCGCUUUCCAUAGUUACGAUUAUUAUAUUUAUAGUGAGGAUGUUACUUAUUCUUUUAUGGCACGUUCAUGAUGUAUUUUGCGAACGCUUGCAUCUCCUCUGAAGUUUCUGUACAAAAUGUAAGAAAGAAUUUUUAAAACAAGCAAUAAAUUAUAUUUAUAUGCAACACUGAA